UACGCUGAACAUAAACUACUCAAAUUAUCUUGCUUUAUGCUCACAUAUUUUGAUAGGUAUAAUUUUAUCCUUUAGUUUAUUUAUUAUCCGUUAUGUGGCGCUAGUUAUCUGUUUUGCUGUCACAUCUAGUCAUUCUGAUUUCAACAAAGGUGUAUUAAUUCAAAAGAUUCUUGAAUUAGGAUAUCUGUAGCAAUUCUUGAAGUACUUCUACAGUUGAAUGUGAUAAGACAGACGAUUUUUUAUGAUGAAGCAGAAAUACUUGUGCAGUGUUUGUUUUUUCUUGGUUUUUGUUUGCAGAGCAGUAAACUGUAAAGAACCUCCAAAAAUAAUCCCAAUGAAUUUUGCUCAAAUGAUUUAUGUGGGUGGUAAAGCGUCUGUUCCCUGUUUAGUAAGUGGCGGUACAACUCCAAUAAAGUUUUCAUGGUUUAAAAACCACAAAGAUGUUAUUCACGAUUCUUCCAAGAUUGAAGUUUCAAAUCUGAAAGACGCCAGCAUUCUCACCAUAGAGCCAGUCAGCUUGGAUGAUGCCGGAAAUUACUCGUGCACUGCUAGAAAUUCAUUUGGAAAUGAUACUGCAUCAGCAACUCUGGUUGUCGAAGCACCCUUGCGUUGGUUAAAAGAACCUUUCGAUGUUGAAGUUGCUGAGGGCUCUGAGGCUCACUUAGUUUGUGUUGUAAGUGGAUCUCCUCAACCUCACUACACAUGGACAAAAAUUGAAGAUUAUAAUCACGAGAAGACGAUUAUAAUCAACUCUGUAGAUGGUGAUCUCGUUUUCAGAGAGACGAAAAUAAGUGAUGCCGGUACUUAUACUUGCCGAGUACAAAACGGCGUCGGUGAACCUCUUGAAAAAUCAGUAAAAGUUGUUGUCCACGGUAAGAUGAUGCGAGAAAGACCUUAAAUCAAUAAAGAUGUUAUUUAUAUUCUCUUACAUUCAUAAAUAAUAUAAUAAACAUUCUUUUUUUUAAAUAAUUUGUAUAGUUUUCGCGGAAAUACUGAACACGAAUAUUUUCAACAUUUCUUCUCCAAAUGCUGUUGUAUGCAUUCUUCGUUCAUUUUCAUAAAUAGGGUGCAAGAGCUGAUCUAUUUAUCUCUUCUAAUGCAAUAUUGAAAUGUCAACACAUGUUUUAUAUAUGUAUAUAAUAAUCUCGGCAUAAAUGAAUAUUUGUGUAUAUUUAAAUUUAUAAAAAUUUACUAUAAAAAAUACUAUAAAAAAUAACUUUUAUGUACUUCAACUCCUCUCAAUAACUUUUAUGUACUUCAAAAUAUUGUAUUUUCUCCGUCCUGUUGAUUGAUUGUGGAAGAUUUUAGUUUAUAUUGCCGAUAUUUUGCGCUAUUUGAUGAUAAAAAAAAACUCAACGCACUAUUUUGAACAGUUGUACACUUAUUUUUAUAAGUGAUUUUGUAUGUAUAAAUACUGUAUGAGUGCUAAUUUUGUUUCUUUACACCGUUUGAUUACUUUAUUUAGAGUAUGAAAUAUGGUAACAUAUACGAAAAAGGCGCUCUUUAAAAAUUCAAUGCUAAUGCAUACCUGCGAACAGUUUUUAGCAUGGAAAGUUCAUUACGCUGAACAUAAGCCUACUCCAAUUAUCUUGUUUUAUGCUCACAUAUUUUGAUAGGUAUAAUUUUAUCCUUUAGUUUAUUUAUUAUCCGUUAUGUGGCGCUAGUUAUCUGUUUUGCUGUCACAUCUAGUCAUUCUGAUUUCAACA